CGGAGACGCGCCGGAAGUCUGCCGUAGGCCGGAGGAGCGGCUGUUUUUCGUGCGAGGCGGACCCGGGAGGGGGCGGAGAGGGGCGCCAUCAUGUCGCUUUCCCACCUGUACGGCAAGAAGGAUGCUGCCGCCAUCGACGAUGACGUGGAGAUGGAGAACUUUGAGAUCACCGACUGGGACCUCCAGAACGAGUUCAACCCCAACCGGCAGCGCCACUGGCAGACCAAGGAGGAAGCCACCUACGGCAUGUGGGCUGAGCACGACUCGGAUGACGAGAGGCCCAGCUUCGGGGGCAAGCGGUCUCGAGAUUACUCUGCACCUGUAAACUUUAUCAGCGCGGGGCUGAAAAAGCCGGCAGGUGACGAGAUUGAAGAGGAGGAUUCUGACGAGGACGAGAAGCCUGCAAAACAAGAGGAACCCGCCAAAGAGUUUGUCCCCAAAAAGUUAAAGACGGGUGGCAAUUUUAAACCCAGCCAGAAGGGCUUCAUCGGUGGGACCAAGUCCUUCAUGGACUUUGGCAGCUGGGAGCGACACACCAAGGGAAUCGGACAGAAGCUUCUCCAGAAGAUGGGCUACGUGCCUGGCCGAGGCCUCGGAAAGAAUGCUCAAGGCAUCAUCAACCCCAUCGAGGCCAAGCAGAGGAAGGGCAAGGCGGCCAUCGGGGCCUACGGCUCGGAGCGAACCACCCAGUCCUUGCAGGACUUCCCUGUGGUCGACUCAGACGAAGAAGCGGAAGAGGAAUUCCAGAAGGAGCUCAGCCAGUGGCGAAAAGACCCAAGUGGGGGCAAGAAGAAGCCAAAAUACACCUACAAGACUGUGGAAGAGCUGAAGGCCAAGGGCAGGGCGGGGAAGCAGUUGGCAGCGCCUCAGAAGGAACUGGCGCAAGUGAAGGUGAUCGACAUGACCGGCCGUGAGCAGAAGGUCUACUACAGCUACAGCCAGAUCAGCCAGAAGCACAACAUUCCCGACGACAGCCCGCAGCAGCCGCCGGUGCCGGGGCUGCUGGGCAAAGAGGCCAAGGCGCAGGCUUUCGCCCUGCCCGAACUGGAGCACAACCUGCAGCUUCUCAUCGACCUGACGGAGCAGGAGAUCAUCCAGAAUGACCGGCAGCUCCAGUACGAGCGGGACAUGGUCGUCAACCUGACCCAUGAGAUUGAGAAGAUGGCCGAGGUCCUGGCCCGCGAGGAGGCCGACGUCCGCAACCUCAGCAAGGUGCUGGAGCUGGUGGAGGAGUGCGAGCGGCGGAUGCGGCCCGACUGCCCGGACCCUCUUACCCUGCUGGAGUGCGCCAGGAUCUUUGAGACCCUCCAGGACAAGUAUUAUGAGGAGUACCGCAUGUCGGACCGCGUGGACCUGGCGGUGGCCAUUGUCUUCCCUCUCGUCAAGGACUACUUCAAGAACUGGGAUCCCCUGAAGGACUGCACGUAUGGCACAGAAAUCCUUGCCAAGUGGAAGACUUUGCUGGAAAAUGACCAGCUGCUGUCACACGGCGGGCAGGAUCUUGCUUCAGACGCUUUUCACAGGCUGAUGUGGGAGGUGUGGAUGCCCUGCGUGAGGAGCGUGGUGGCCCAGUGGCAGCCCCGGAACUGCAUCCCCAUGGUGGACUUCCUCGACAGCUGGAGUCACAUCAUCCCCGUGUGGGUCCUGGACAACAUCCUGGACCAGCUGGUCUUCCCCAAGCUGCAGAAGGAGGUGGAGAGCUGGAACCCCCUGACAGACACGGUGCCCAUCCACUCGUGGAUCCACCCGUGGCUGCCCCUGAUGCAGGUCCGGCUGGAGCCCCUCUACUCGCCCAUCCGCAACAAGCUCUCCAACGCCCUCCAGAAGUGGCACCCCAGCGACGCCUCCGCCAAGCUCAUCCUGCAGCCCUGGAAGGAGGUCUUCACCCCAGGCUCCUGGGAGGCUUUCAUGGUCAAGAACAUUGUGCCGAAACUGGGCUUGUGUCUCAACGAGCUGAUCAUCAACCCUCACCAGCAGCACAUGGACGCCUUUUUCUGGGUGAUGGACUGGGAAGGCAUGAUCUCCGUCUCCAGCCUGGUGGGGCUCCUGGAGAAACACUUCUUCCCCAAGUGGCUGCAGGUGCUGUGUUCCUGGCUGAGCAACAACCCCAAUUACGAGGAGAUAACCAAGUGGUACCUGGGCUGGAAGUCCAUGUUCUCGGACCAGGUGCUGGCCCACCCCUCCAUCAAGGAGAAGUUCAACGAAGCUCUGGACAUCAUGAACCGAGCAGUCUCUUCGAGCGUCGGUGGCUACAUGCAGCCCGGUGCCCGGGAGAACAUUGCCUACCUGACGCACACAGAGCGGCGGAAGGACUUCCAGUACGAGGCCAUGCAGGAGCGCCGGGAGGCUGAGAACAUGGCCCAGCGGGGGAUCGGCAUGGCCGCCGGCUCCGUGCCCAUGAACUUCAAGGACCUCAUCCAGACCAAGGCCGAGGAGCACAACAUCGUCUUCAUGCCGGUCAUUGGCAAGCGGCACGAGGGGAAGCAGCUGUACACCUUUGGCCGCAUUGUCAUCUACAUUGACCGGGGGGUGGUCUUCGUGCAGGGCGAAAAGACCUGGGUCCCCACCUCCCUCCAGAGCCUGAUCGAUAUGGCCAAGUGAGGGGGGGGCAGGCGCUGUCACCUCGUUGGCAAGGACCUGGGAGGUGGGCAGGAUAUGUCCCACUGGGCAAGGCUCUGGGAGGCCAAAACAGCCCUCCUCCCCCCCCCGCCCCUCUCCCCGACUUGAGAUGACGCCAGCUGGACCCGAUUCCUGGACCGAGAGGAGUCCUCACGGAAACAAGAGCUGCUCCUGCCUAGGGGUCCGGAUGCUGGGACGUGAAUGGCAGAACCACGUUAACACCACUGAAAAGCAAAGAGCCAGGCGCGCUGGCUCAGAACAAAGGAUCCGAGUCUGGGCGACGCAUCGCCUUGCUAGACUUGCCGUUUGUCCAGCAGAGACACUUGUGGCUCUUCAGGAAAAAACCGAGUCAAAUGUCAGUUCAUGCCACAGCUGAAUAAAAGCCUCUCUGUGCUGCC